AUGAAAAUUUUCUCACUUUUCGUUGUCGCCGCCCUCGCCCAAGACGACUCCGAGCGCGGAAAGAAUAACGCUGACGAGAAGGGCGCUCAGAUGUGCCAGGGUGUCAAGGCGGAUCCCGAGUUCUUCAAGUGCAAGCACAAGAAGAACGGCAGCGACGGCCCCAAGCGAAAGAAGUGCAAACCACUUUGCGAAAAGCCCAAGACCAAGAAGAUCUACUGCAACGAAGACGGCUGGGGCAGCAAGAACGGCAACAAGGUCAACAUCAACAAGAUCUGCUAA